AUGAAGAACCAUUACACCCUUUCCCUCUAUUAUAUUUUUUCAUUGUUCUUAAUAGAAUCUGUUUUUGCCAACCCUCAUCUAGACAUAUCGGCUAAUCACCACCUUAAUAGCCACUCCAUGAUUAGGAAUCACACCCAAUCUUUACCCUUAUCUAGAACGUUUAAUGACGUUUCAAAGAGGAAGCACAAUUUAAGCUCUAAGGUUAACUUGCAUCCUGCUGUAGCAGAUUCCCUAUCCACCGAGAUCCCACACGCUUUAGACAAUUUUCAAAUAUACUACCCUAAGGAACCUAUGAAACAGGAAAAUAAAGUUGAUGAGGAACAAAGAAUACCAUUGAUCCUUGGAAGUAUUGGAAAUUCCGUAUACUCAGAUUCGCAUCCAUCAUUAGAGCUCUUUCCAGGCUCCCUAUCUGACCUGGUUGGACAGGCAACUAAUUAUAUAUCUGAGGUGUUUUCUGGAAUGAACAAGUCUCUACAUCAAUUCUUUGACCGGAUUGACGAGAAUCUAAAGAAAAGUAACGGUUCUCACGUAAUGGAGAUAGGAGAUGUGUUGUUUUAA